CCGGAUCCGAAUUCCAGGGAGGCGGGGCGGAGACGGCGGGCGCGGAGGCCGCGGCGCGGACCGGGAUCCGCGGUGGCUCGGGCGGCGGCCCCGGCCCGGCUCCGGCCCCAACCGGGGCGAUGCUCCCCGAGGCCGCGGGAUGAGCCAGUGACUCGGCUGGCCCGGGCAUGGCGGACCCAGUGGCGGGCAUCGCGGGCUCUGCAGCCAAGAGUGUGCGGCCGUUCCGUUCAAGUGAGGCCUACGUGGAGGCCAUGAAGGAGGACCUGGCCGAGUGGCUCAACGCCCUGUACGGCCUGGGUCUGCCCAGUGGCGGCGAUGGCUUCCUGAUGGGGCUAGCCACAGGCACCACCCUGUGCCGACAUGCCAACGCUGUCACGGAGGCCGCCCGCGCUUUGGCAGCUGUCCGCCCGGCCCGUGGUGUGGCCUUCCAGGCGCAGAGCGUGGCGCCCGGCUCCUUCAUGGCCCGCGACAACGUGGCCACCUUCAUCGGCUGGUGCCGCACGGAGCUGGGUGUGCCCGAAGUGCUCAUGUUUGAGACUGAGGACCUGGUGCUGCGAAAGAACGAGAAGAGUGUGGUGCUGUGCCUGCUGGAGGUGGCGCGGCGCGGGGCCCGCCUUGGCCUGCUCGCGCCUCGCCUCGUGCAGUUCGAACAGGAGAUCGAGCGGGAGCUGCGCGCUGCACCCCCAGCCCCCAACGCCCCCACUGCUGAGGACCCCGCCGAAACCAGCACUGCACCGGGGGCUCCCACCCGCGGGCCUCGCAUGACACCCAGCGACCUGCGCAACCUCGACGAGCUGGUGAGGGAGAUCUUAGGCUGCUGCACCUGUCCAGACCAGUUUCCCAUGAUCAAGGUCUCGGAGGGGAAGUACCGCGUGGGAGAUUCCAGCUUGCUCAUCUUUGUGCGGGUGCUGAGGAGCCACGUGAUGGUGCGCGUGGGCGGCGGCUGGGACACGCUGGAGCACUACCUGGACAAGCACGACCCCUGCCGCUGCUCCUCAGCCCACCGCCCACCCCAGCCGAGGGCCUGCACCUUCUCCCCCCAGAGGGUGUCACCCACGCCCAGCUCCCGCGCUGGGAGCCCAGCCCCUGGGGGUGAGCGCCGAGGCUCCCGGCCCGAUGUGACACCCAUUAGUUUACGCAGCUCAAAGGAGGGGCUCGAGACACCGCUCAGGGCCCGGGACCAGCUGCCCCCCCAUCCCCGCUCCCGCCGCCACUCCGGGGACAGCGACUCCUCCGCCUCCUCAGCCCAGAGUGGCCCCCUUGGUGCCCGCAGUGACGACUCAGGCACUGGCCCCCGGAGGGAGCGGCCCAGCCGGCGGCUGACCACAGGCACCCCAGCCUCCCCGAGACGGCCCCCCGCCCCGCGCAGCCAGUCCCGAGACCGGCUGGAUCGGGGGCGGCCCCAUGGGGCCUCAGGAGGCAGGGGAGCCCAGCUGUCGGCGCCCAGCCCUGCCCGGCGGGCCCGGAGCCAGAGCCGUGAGGAGCAGGCUGUGCUGCUCGUGCGUAGGGACCGAGAUGGGCAGCACUCGUGGGUGCCACGGGGCAGAGGCAGCCCCCAGACUCCCCGUGCCCGCAGCCCUGCAGCCCCCCGGCCUCCCCGGGUCUCCAGCCCCAGUCCAGAGUUGGGCAGCACGCCGGCCAGUGUCUUCCGCACACCCCUGCAGCUUGACCCGCAGCAGGAGCAGCAGCUGUUCCGGCGCCUGGAAGAGGAGUUCCUGGCCAAUGCCCAAGCCCUGCAGGCUGCUACUGGCGGGACCCCCACCGGACCGGCCCCUGACCCGGCUCGGGCCCCAGACCCUCCAGCUCCUGACUCGGCCUACUGUUCCUCCAGCUCCUCCUCUUCGUCCCUCAGCGUCCUGGCUGGCAAGUGUGGCCAACCUGGGGACUCUGGCCGGAUGGCCAAUGGGCUGCCCGGGCCCCGAGGCCCAGCCCUGUCCAGCUCUUCUGAUGAAGGCAGCCCCUGUCCUGGUGUAGGGGGCCCGCCAGAUGCACCUGGGAGCCCCCUGGCUGGCCUGGAACCCCUGAGGACCUGGGCUCGGGGCCGGAUGGAUACACAGCCAGACCGAAAACCCUCACGCAUUCCCACGCCACGGGGCCCCCGCCGCCCAUCUGGACCCACAGAGUCCAGGGCCUGGCAUGCCCUGCACUCAGUCAGCCCAAGGGCUGAGCCGGAUUCCUGGAUGUGAUGGACCAGCCCAGCUGUCCCCAGGUCCCCAUUCUUUCUCCUUUUCCUUUGUGGCCUUAACCCCUCAGCAUCAGGGAGCCCCCCCUGCCUCUCGGGUACCAGACCUCAUGGGACCAGACCCCUUGGGACCACAUGGCACAAUGGGACCUCUGUUGUACAUUCCGGUUGGGGGAUGAGCAUUGCUAUUUAAUGACUAAUAUUAUUGAAUGCCUUAGAGGAGGCUGGGCCAGCCCAGUGAGGACCCCUCCUGAGGUCCUGUGGCCCUGCAGAGCCUGACAGUAAAGUAUUGUUUCAGC